AGUGUAGCCAUUUUUAGUUUUUUACUCAUGCUCAUGUUGUGGAUGGUAACCCCCUUUUUGACCUUCAGCGAGACGCGAAAUCGUUAUUUAAAGAGUACAUAACUUGAGAUCAUGAUAAUGACAUUUCAUGCAGUGUGUAAUGUUGCCGUGUUUGAAUGUAAGCAGACUGGAGAUGUAAAUCCGAAGGUGAAUGUAUAACAAAGAUGUUGGAUUGGAAGAGUCGACUCAGAAUCACACAAACGAUUCGUUCCUAGUCCAAUUCGCGAAUCAUCGCGGAUUUACGUCACUACAUAUAGUCCCGCCUACAUUUUGCUAGGACUGCCUACGUAAACUUCACUCUUCUUCCCCAAACACUGUAGCUCGUGAGCCUCAUUCACGGUAGACCAAUCACAUCAGACACCACAGUUCUGCACAGUUUAGCUCCAACACUAAUCAAACACACCUGAUUCAGACUAGGGUAGCGAAAGGGAGGGGAUUAGACAGAUGAAUCCUAGAACAAAUCAUUUGACAGUAAGUCAAAAAGAAAGGUAAGAAUAACUGCACAUUAUUACGGGAUAAUAGUGUUUUUACACCUUCUAUGUACAUUGGACACUCCAUAAACAAAGGAAUAAAAAUCCCUAGUUAUGUACUCUUUAAAGUUGUUUAUUGAUACUUUUGGAUCCUUUGAAAAGGGAUGUAACGAUUGUAUCGCAAUACACAAUGGUUCUUCACAGCAAUGCCAUAUAAUAUUGUCAGUCAAAGGUUCUUUAAAGAAUCAUCUCACAGUUUUUCACAAUAAAGAACCGUUUGCACAACAAAACAGAAAGGUUCUUCAGAUGUUAAAGGUUUUUUAUGGAACCAAAAGGUUCAUUUAUGGCAUAUUUUGAAGCAUCUUUUUUAAGAGUGUACAUGGUAUGAACAGCAGGGGGCGCUGUGUGUACUGGUGACAGUUUUUAAAUCUAAAAACUCCUAGAAAUGGAGGUCUUAGUUUGUUUAUUUUAAAGAGACUUUUGAAUUAUAAUUUUUUUAUUUGAUUUGGAAUUGGUUUUAAAUUGCAGAUUAGUUUUGCUAUUUGACAUAAAAUAUAUUUUAUUUUACAAAGAAAUGUGUAGCAUUUGAGAAAUUAUACAAAGGAAGUUGUUCUUUUCUAAAUCAUCUCAACUGACUUUAAAAAAAGUGAAUUGUGAAUGAAUCGUAUCGUAUCGUGAAUCGUGAGCAGAGUCAAACGUUACAUCCCUACUCUCAACGCUUGAAGAGACGGUCACCAUCCAUUUUGAAUUUUAAACUAAAACCCCAAACUUUUUUGAAUGAAAGCAAGAACAAAGAAGGACAUCAGGGUUUGAAUGACAUGAGGUUGAGUAAAUAUGAUUUACGCUCUUUAAAGGCACUACGCAAUAUUGUCAUCAUUUAUCAUCCAAUCUGAAUUAUUUCUUUCUCCUGUUGAACACAAAAUGAGAUGUUUAGAAAGUGUUUUGUGCUAAACAGAAGAAAGAAAAUCAUACAGGUUUGUUGUAAAUGAUCACAAUACUUUUAAUGUGUCUUUGAAAAUGAAACUAAUUUAGACAAGAAACAGAGAAUGCUUCAUCUAUCAGCGACUGCUUUUAACUCAAAUAUUAGUUUGUGACAUGCAAAGAUUUUGUAAACUAUGCAACCUGAGAAAGGUAAAUGGCCAUAAUAUCUUAACCUUUUUCUCCCUCUCUCUUCCCACGCACUCUGUUUUUAAUGCAUGUUCCUCGAUCCUGUCGGUCGUUCACCAAGAUGUUUCAGCCCAUCAUUUUAUUUAUCCUCAUAUUAGUCUUGUUCUCCUCUCUCUCUUAUGCCACCAUUUUUAAACUCGUGUUUCUUUUUACCCUCUUUUUUGUCCUGUGAUCAGCAUCCUCAUUAGCAUAGUUUGGCCCCUUUCUUUCUUUCUUUCUUUCUUUCUUUCUUUGUUUUGUUUGUUUGUCGAUGUCCUUAUGUCACCAUGGUCGCAGAAUCACAGGAGGGACACUUUCCACGCUAAAGGCUUCACGAUUACGCACAGAAGUCAGCAAAAUACAUUUUUUCCAUCUGUAUCAUAUAAAGACAACCUUUGGUUGCCAUUGAGACUUUUUUGAACUUAACUGGAGAAAUGGUACUCCACACACACUAAAUCCUCUGGAAACUGCCCAGCAGACGUUUCUUUUAUUGAGGACUAUGCAAAAAAACCUACGGCACCUGGAUGAACUCAGUGGACGUUGCUUAGCUGGUGCACACGGCUCUGGACGCUUACAUCUCUUCUUCAUGGGCACUGAGUUCUGGAAACAUUUUAGAGCCAAUCAUCUGAUCUGCAAAUGUCAUGUGACUGAUGACGCCAUAGUGACACUCUUGCACCAGACAAAACACCAUUUGACUCUGUUGAAGGGAUAGCUCGCCCAAAAAUGAAAGUUCUGUCAUCAUUUAUUCCCACCUCAACAUGUUUGUGACUCCUUCUGUGGAACACUAAAGAAGAUAUUUUGAGAAAUGUCUCUGUGGUUUUGUGUUCAUGGAAUGGAAAUCAAUGGGGAGUCAAAUGUUAUUUGGUUAUCACCGUUCUUCAAAAACUCUUCUUUUGGGUUCUGCAGAAGAAAGUAUGUCAUAACGAGAAAUGAAGAAAUAUUUUAUUUUUGUGAACUAUCCCUUUAAAAGCUAAUUCACAUUGAUUCAACAAAUGCGAAGAGAGGUCUCACACAGUUUCACACCAAAACAUUUGUUGGAUCAAUGUGUGUUCCUUUUGAAGCAUCUGAUCAGAUGCCAUUCAAAUUAAUAUUCUUCUGAAGACACAUGAUCAUUUUGGAAAGGACAUCAAUGAAGUAGAAGCUUUUUGCAAACAUAAAGAUGCAGUAACUAAGUCUACCAGCAGGGGGUAAACUGUUACUCAUCAUCCAAAUGCCAGCAAAGACUUAACCCAGAAUGCCCUCCAACUGCACCAGUGGGACUUAUCGGUGAAAUGAUUGCCUGUAAUAAUAUCGAGACCUGUUGGAGGACUUGCCUGAGUGUCUUUCACUUGGAACAGGAAGUAAAGAAGAAGAGCAGAAUGGCGGCACUGGAUCUGCACCGUGGGCUUGAGCCUGGAGGCCACGUGUGGGGUGGAGACCGAGUCGACCUGCUGGACAGUUUUGACUCCGAGAUGCAGGAAUGGGAGGAUCAACUGCAGGAAAUGCAGAAGAAGAUCGAAGAGUUGUUUAAUGAGGUCAAGGCACGAAGAGAAGCCAGCACCAACAACAUCACAAACAAUAAAAACUUGGACAUUACAUUGCUCCCUGUCAGCUCUGAGUUCAGUCAACGGGGUAAUGGUCAUCAUCACGGACCUUCUGUUCACCCCAACAACAUCCGCCCCGUUUAUCAAUGCAGCGAUACGGCGGUUGGGCCAAGCUUCGGGAUUCAACACCCUCAUGAUUAUCGUAACGUCUCCAAACUUAAUCAAAUGAGCAACGGCUGCCAUUAUCCUGCCAGUUGUCAUGAUAUCAAAAGACAGGACGCAACCCUGGAUAUCCUGAACGGAUACCUUCAACAGGGGCCACAGUACAGAAAUAUCCAAAGGAACCUCGGGGUUUCAAGUGCAAACCCAAAGAUGCAUCCAGGUGUGCUCGGGGAUUCUGAGAAUAUUAAGACAGGCUCUGUGACCAACAGGACGUUUGAAGACAUUGAGAACAAGAAAAACAAGAAAGCAAACCCAGAGGAGUCCCAGGCCCAUCACUCUACCCGAAAAGACUCGAUUUCAGGAAGAAAUUUUCCAAUUGAAAACUUUGCCAAUAAACAGAAAGACGCUCCACCAGUGCCGCCUCGCUCCAUUCACCACGAUUCACAACGGCAACCGGACAGGAAGUGCCUCCUGGUAGACAGGAAGUCUGGCAGCCCGUCUGUGUUGCGUAAGUUUGGCGCUAUGCUGCAGGAGAACGAGGGGAAGACUCUGAUCGAGGACGGUGUUGUGACCACCGUCAUCACCACCGAACGCCUCGCCAGCACUCCGUUCUGCCAGCGCAAGUUGAGCGUCGGCCGGGCAUCCCCACGCAUGCCCGUCCAGAGAUGCCUUACAGACUGUGACGCGGAACUGGAGCCAUGCCAGGAGCCUCGGGCAGCUGUUACCUCCAGACACGUGCUCCUCAACGGUGCCUCUAACGCAAGCCCUCCACACAAGGCUUCGGAGUCUAAAGAGCACAAAAUGGGCUCUGAGGAUCUGUUCUCGGACUACCAGAUGGUGGAGAGGAUCCUGGGAGCAGGUUCUCAACAAUACAGCAAGGUGCACACGGGGAACGGAGCAGAUACGAGAUGGGGACAUGACAAUCUGGAACAACUUCUGGAAAUGAUGGAGAUAGAGAACAACAAAGGUCAGAGAGCCACAUUCACCCAGCAACUGGACACCAAACAGGUCAGCCGUGAGUCAUCUCCUGCCCCCCACGGAACUAGUUUCUCCCGACCCGCACGACCAGCCAAUCAACGCCGUCCCACCAGAUGGGCGACGCCUUCUCCUUUGCCCAAAUCCUGCCCGCCGAGUCCAAAUCUGAAACGCAGACAGUUCCUGAAUUCUUACUCGCUGCACACAGAAACAGUCAUCAUGUGACCAGGACAACUCAUAUGGACAAACAUUUGACCUUCAACAAAUUUGGUCUCUUUUUUGUACCUCCUUUAUUGGGGUAUUUAUUGGUAUUCUUAAAAUGUCUCGUCUCUCAGUGUUCUGGAGUGUAACAACAGUGGACGUUCUGCGACCUGGUGAACUUUUGUGCCUAUGAACUCAUCAUUGCCUUUCUUUCUGUCAUUCUCAUCACUUUUGUAUUCUUUUCAUCCCUUUUCUUUUCUAUUCUCACUGAGUGCUUUGUAUAAAGUGCUGUUUUUGCGUGCCACACGCGGCACCAUGCAAGCAUGAAUGCCACACGUGUAUGCCAUACAUGUAACAUGUAUUGAGCCUUAUGCAUUAUGAAUAACUGUGUGCAGAUGUUUUUGAUGUUAUGUCAAAUCAUUCAUUCAUUUUAGUACUUCAUAAAACUGACGUGCGGAGGUCAUAAUAUUUAUAAGCCAUCUGAUGGCGCCUGGGCUGUACCUCUUUGUUAAAAUUGCCAAAUGAAUGAAGCCGAUCCUUUAACAUCUGCGAAGAGUAAAUUUUAUCUUUAUUUUCUUCGUAAUAACGAAGAAAUGCAUUUGGAAUGUUUGUUUAGCAUUGUGAUUUGAUCCGGACAAUAAUGUGAUGCUUUCUGUGUUCUCUUCUUUUAUUCUGGAUAAUAAACGUGUAAGUGCUUUGAUGCA